CCUUAGCAUAUCAGUCGUCUCCUCCGUGUGCGCUGUGGAGCGAGAGGAAUCAGAAUCUGAGAGUCAGAGUCAGCGCUGUAGAGAGCAGUGCCUACCUGCUCUACUGCUCGGAAAUCAUCCUCCAUGGCAACUUGAAGGUGCAUCCAUUCGUGUGCGUAGCCCGGGAGGAGGGGAACGGCAGCCACCUCUGGCCAACUCUCGGAGCUCUCGGAAAGAAAAUUGAGUAGCAGUGUGGGAGAUUUAUCAUCCAUCCAUGGCAUCCUUCUGUUCUGAGAAGACGAUCAUGUCGAAAAUUGUGUUCCUUCUCGUAGCCUGUCUCAGUAUAUCAUCCGCUGCGUCCCAGUCAGUUCCGCCUCCCAAGCUCAGUACAUUCGCCAGUCAGUACACGGUUUCCUGGAGCACAGAUCACGUGCUAGUGGCUGCGGAUGGCAGUGUUCAACUUACGAUGGAUCAAGUGUCUGGUUCCGGAUACGCCUCCAAAGAUAUGUACACUUUCGGAUAUGUCAGUACUCAAAUCAAGCUCGUAGGCGGGAAUUCUGCCGGAACUGUAACAGCAUAUUACCUUUCGUCUGACAUGAGCUCACCCUAUCAUGACGAAUUGGACUUCGAAUUCCUCGGGAACACCACGGGCCAACCUUACAUUCUUCAAACCAAUGUGUUCGCUAACGGGGUGGGAGCUCGUGAACAACGCCUGUAUCUCUGGUUCGACCCGACCGCAGAUUUCCAUACUUACUCGGUGCUGUGGAACAAAGAGAUUAUCAUAUUUGCCGUGGACCAGAGGCCUAUCCGGAUAUUCAAGAACAACGUGAAUCUUGGCGUGGACUAUCCUAAUUUCAAGCCGAUGGGCAUCUACUCGAGCCUUUGGAAUGGAGAAGAGUGGGCUACCAGGGGUGGACUCGACAAAAUUGACUGGACUGGCGCUCCGUUUGUUGCAUCGUACAAAGCUUUCAACAUAGAAGCAUGCGAAAAUACCAACGGCGCAGGGAACUGUGCCAACGCCGUCGCCUGGUGGUCAGGAGCUGCAUACCAAAGUUUGGAUGCAACAUCUCUCAAUGAGCUAAAUUACGUGAAGAGAACGUACAUGAUUUACGAUUACUGCACAGACACUGAAAGAUACCCUCAGGCUCCUCCUGAGUGUGCAACAAACUAGAACCAAUGUGGAUACCACCUGCGUAGCUAUUUUCAUAAGUCAGGAUCUUCACUCUGUCAAGGUUGCUGUACUAGAAGGUUGGUCACACCAGUGCAGCUAAACAGAUGAAUCGACUGAUCCGGUCUCACGAGGUUGGAUGUGGAUUGUCAAACGAUUGCAAUGUAUAUAAUUACAGUGGACAAGAGUCAGUAAGUCCUCAUCAUUUCCUUACCUUGCCAAUCAUCUCAAAAGCUUCUGUUAUGAACCGCACAUCAUGAAGUGGUGCUCAAGAACCGACCCUGAGAGAAAGCUGGUUGUGAUCAAAGCACACAGCUUGUCAUUCCGCGAUUUCACCUUGAUUGCUUCUAAUCCGAGAGGUGGAAGAUGUUGGAAUGUCGCGAUGCAAGCAUUCUUGUACUUUGCAUACAUACCUGCUAAGAUUCAGGAUAUGCUUCGCUGCUUGGUUUCCUUAACCAUUCUGUAGAAGCUAUUCAAUGGGAUCACUGACUCGCGUUUUGCAAUUGAACGGUUAGAUGGCGAAAUAACACCAG